GGAAUUUGGUCGUUUCAGCCAAGUGAGCAGAUCGCAUGGCAGGACGACGACGCAGCAUGCACCUCUUCCUCGGCGCGAUCUUCCUGCUGCUGCUGGCGCCGACAGCGAUGGCGUGCGAGGUCUCGGAGGUUCGCGUUGUGCUCGCGACGGCCGAGUCGCUUGGUGCUGUCUUGAGCGAGAAGCUCCGCGUUCUGUCCUUUGUGCAGGACACGCAGGGCCGCGGCCUACCGCUCGAAGCCACGGGCCUCGUCGAGGUGGGCGACACGCUCACGAGCGUCAACGGCGUCGCCGUGACGAGACUCUCGGAGGCGAUCGCGCAGCUGCAGACCGCCGAGGUGCCCCGCACACUGCUCUUUCGCGCCGCUGCGCCGCGCUGCGUUCCCGAGGCGGCGCCCGUCGUCGACGACACGACCGUCCGGGUCGUGAACGGCGGGUGGACCGAGACGUUCUUCGCCGUCAAGUCCGACUUUGGCGACUGGCCGCAGUGCUACGCGCAUCCGCUGACGGUCGCCCAGCCCCUCGAUGCUUGCGAGCCGCUGCGCAACAACGUCUCCGAGCACUACGUCGUCGUGCAGAGCUCGCACUUGUGUUCGCCGCACCAGCAAGCCCUCGUGGUCGGCCGCGCCGGUGGCCGCGGCGUCCUCCUCGCGCAGUACGCAGAGAAGAAGCCCGAGGCCGUGCGACUGCCGCCGCAGUAUACCGGCACGAUUCGAACGCCUGUCAUCAUGGUCUCGCACGCAUCCGGUCAGAAGAUGGCGAGCAUGGUCCUCUCUAGCCCCACGCCGCCACUGAUUUCCCUCAUGGUGUCGCCGCAGUGCAAGGUCACGACGGCUACGACGCUCGCAUCCACCGUGCAAGACGCGCUGGCGGCCGCGACAGCUGGCAACCUCGUCGCGCUUGCGCAAGGACAGCUCCACUCGUACCCGUAUCUCAAGGGUGCGGCGAGCCCGAGUCUAGGUCUUGGCCGCUUCAAGGUCCGGUUCGCCGUGCACGAGCUCUGCAGCGACACGAUCAUGCGGUACGUCAAAGGCGCGUUCGUCGUCGCACCCAUCAAUACACGCUGUUCGCAGCAGCGCCAAGUUCAGACGGUGGCGGCCAACAAGGCGCUCGGCAUAGUCUUUUCUGCGUCAAGCCCAUCUCAGAUCUUGCACCGCGCGGCUCUCGACGUCGCCAGCGAGAAUGCGCCAUUAGCGCUGCCCACCGUGUACAUUUCGGCCUCGACGGCGGACGCGCUCAGUGUCUCGGCGGAAACCGGCGACGUGUACAUUGAGUUUGAGCCGACGAAUACGCAUGAACAUCACUUUGAAGAGCUGCUGGCGCUCUCGGACAUGACGCAGUGGCCGGCGGCGGCGCAGGGCCGCCAUGUGCUCUACCACCGCGUCCGGCGCGCGCUGGCGAUCGACACCAAUGGCGCCGACAAGGUCGCGGCCCUCGACGCACUCUACGCGCAGGCGCGUCACUUCCACGCCGAUACUAUCAUGGCACCACACCUCGUCCCGUCGCCAACGAACGCCGCCGCCAUGGACGGCUACAUUGAGCACGACCGGACGCCGGCGCGAAAGCUGUCGUGGUCAACGACCAUGAAGGUGCGGCAGCUGCUCAUGACGCUCAAGUCCAAGGCCGGGCGCUCGUUCCAGCAGCACGCAUCGCCGAACGGCAGUCCCCACGACGGCGUCGAGUACGCGCUCCUUGCGGACGACGAUUUGUGA